GCAGGGGUAUUUUUGUGUCAACUUUUCUAACUCUAAGACACUGAUGUUCAAAACUUUCUCCUUAUUUUAAACAAAAAUUAUUUCGUGAUUCUUAUUUCUCGUAUUUAUGUUUAAAAAUAACGAUGAAAAAUAUUUUAUAACGUUAUCACCAAAAAAUAUCCUCUAACAGAGCAUAAUUUAUGUGCGUAAAAUGGCGACUGCUGCUGUUGAAGAUGAUGAGGCUUGGUUGUAUGGAGAAUCUGAGGAGAAGAAAGACGGAACAGGAGUUGUGGCAGAUGAAAGUUCGAAAUCCAUUCUAAUUGACGAUUCUUUAAACGCUACUGACCUGAGUUUACAAAUUCAAGAACACAAUGACAGAGAAGCAGGAGAGUUAAGUGGGGAAGAAGAAAACAGAGAGCAAGAUGAACAAGGACCUCCUGGAGUUGAAAAAGAAGAUGGAGAUGAGGAUGAAGAAAGUGAUUCAGAUGAUGAUGAUGUGCAGGUAACUAUAGGAGAUAUUAAAUCUGCACCUACUUAUGGCUAUGGAGGACCACCUGUUAAUCUCAACAUCAAAAGAAGUGGCGUUAGUGGUGCAGGAGCCAAACCUAAAGGUAUCGACCUCGAUGCCGUUGGAACCAUCAAUGGUGUUUCGAUAUACGAGUUUAACCUUGACAGUUUAGAAGAAAAACCUUGGAGAAAACCUGGUGCUGAUAUCACUGAUUACUUUAACUAUGGUUUUAGUGAAGAGACUUGGAAGAUUUACUGUGAACGACAGAAAAAAUUCAGAACUGAUGCAAGUGCAUUGAGCAAGGCUCAUCCUGGUUUAGUUAAAGACCAACAAAUUCCUACAGCCACAGUGAAUGAAAACAGUAAAUAUGCAGGAAUGAAUGCAGGUGUCAAGAAAGCAGGGCCUCCACCAGGAAGAAAGAUGUCUGGAAGUAUUGAUGUAAUUGGUGGAGGUACACCAUCAUUACCAAGCCGUAGGCCAGCGAGUAACACUAAGGAAAAUGUCAUUACGGUUAUGACAGGACGAAAAGGGAAUUUUGAACCACCACCUCCAGGUAUUCCACCCCCAAAUCUUCACCUUCCACCUCCACACUUACCUCCUCCUUUUAUGAUUCCUCCACAUGAUGCUAACCUAAGUGUACCACCCCCUCCAGUGCCUCCUCCAGGCAUACCUCCUACAAACAUACCUCCACCGCCACCAGGCACAAUAGCUAACAUCAGUAUACCACCAUAUUCAAAGAGUUUCGAGAGUAGCUAUGGGCCACCACGGUUUCCACCACCACCACCACCACCUCUCAGUCAAGGGGUAACGUCUUUCACUAAUCACACAAAUUUUUAUAAUGGCGGACAAACACCUCAGCAUACGGGACUUACCACAGAAGCUCCAUCUAACCAACAGAGUUGGAAUAAUUCCCCUCGAGAGAAAGAUAGAGAACGGGAGAGAGAUCGCGAACGAGAAAGAGAGAAGGAAAAAGUGAAUGAACGUGAAAGAGAUAGGGAUCAAGAACACAGAAUGGGAUACAAUUCCUACGAAUACCGUGAAUUUGAACGUUCAGAAGACGACUAUGAAAGAAGGCGUUAUCGGGAACGAGAUUAUCACGAACGGUCUCGUGACAGAGAAAGAGAUAGAGAUAAGGAGAGAAACUGGGACAGAGAACGUGAGGAGAACCUGAAUUAUGUUCGUGAGCACACUCGAGAACGUGAUAGAGAUAGGGAGAGAGAGAAAAGACACAGGGAACAUCGUGAGCGGGAGGAACGCCAUCGUGAACGCUCUUCUCGGAGACGUCAUCAUCGCGAUGAAGAUGAAGAACAUCGUUCAUCCAGACACAAACAUAAGCGUUCAAAACGAGAGAAAGAAGAAGAAAGUGCCGGUAGUGAGAUUACUGACACAGCUAGUGUAGCACAAGAUGGAGAAGAAAAAACUGAAUAGAAAAAAAUCCCAAUAAUAUAUUCGUUUCGUCAGCCAAAUGAAGAAUACAGUUUUCAUCUUGGUGGAAACACUUUGUGCCCAAGCCUACUUUUCUCUGAAUUAUGCGGAUGGGUGAUUAGUUUGAAGUCGUUUAUAUAUAUAUGAUUGUAUUAUGUUUUGUACAACCAUUAGUAAUGUUAUAUAAACAGUACACUUAGAAGAAAAAUGACUACUUUUUUUUUUAGAAAAUUACCAUUUUGUGUUGUGUAACUGAAUGUGUGAAGUGAGCAGAGAAGAGUUAAUGAAAAUGUAUGUUCUGAAGGUCAUGAUAUCUGUUUGUUUUUAGUGUGAUGAGUUUCGUUUUCUACCUUGAGGGAUUUCGUUCACGUUUUCCGUUUCGUAACUGUUGUACAUGUAAUCGACACCUAGUGGCAAAAACAUGAACUCUUACAGUAAUUAAAAUUUUUGUAACAUUA